AUGAUUCCGGUUACAGAAUUCCGUCAGUUCACUGAACAGCAGCCGGCGUUCCGGGUGCUGAAGCCUUGGUGGGACGUCUUCACUGAGUAUCUCUCCAUGGUUAUGCUCAUGAUUGGUGUGUUUGGCUGCACACUGCAGGUAAUGCAGGACAAAAUCAUAUGUCUCCCUCAAAGACCUGCUUCCCCAAACCAAACGGUGCUGUUACUGAACCAGACGGAGCUGGCGAGAGACCCAGCUAGUUCCCCUGUUCCACAAGUACCUGUGCCUCAUGAGAUUAAGGGACUGAAAACCAACCUGGACCUGCAACAGUACAGCUUUGUAAACCAGUUAUGCUAUGAAAGAGCUUUGCACUGGUAUGCCAAGUACUUCCCUUACCUGGUGCUCAUACACACGCUUGUUUUCAUGGUGUGCAGCAAUUUCUGGUUCAAGUUCCCUGGCUCUAGCUCCAAAAUCGAGCACUUCAUCUCUAUAUUGGGAAAAUGUUUUGACUCCCCCUGGACUACAAGGGCUCUCUCUGAGGUAUCAGGAGAAAGUCCAGAGGAAAAAGAACACAAAAAGAACAGCGCUAGUAGAUCGAACCUUGAUACGCCCAUGGUGGAGGGCAAGCUGGAGAAGACGCCGUCGCUGAGAUCCAUUCCUGAGAAGAUCGUGGUGGACAAACCAGCAGCAAGUGUGCUCGACAAGAAGGAAGGCGAGCAAGCCAAAGCUCUGUUCGAGAAGGUUAAAAAGUUCCGACUUCAUGUAGAGGAAGGGGAUUUGUUGUACCUCAUGUAUGUUCGGCAGACCGUCAUCAAAGUUUUCAAGUUUAUUCUUAUCGUCGUGUACAGCAGCAUCCUGGUUUCGAGGGUUAAAGUAAGCGUGGAGUGUAAAGUGGAGAGCAGAGUUGAGAAUAUGAUUGGCUACGGUCAAUUCCGUUGCAAUCACACCAUGGCUCAUCUUUUCUCCAAACUCUGCUACUGUUACCUGGGCUUUGUGAGCAUCUAUGGAUUAACGUGCCUCUAUACAUCCUACUGGCUGUUUUACCGCUCCCUGAAAGAAUACUCCUUCGAAUAUGUGCGUCAGGAGACCGGGAUCGAUGAUAUUCCUGACGUGAAAAACGACUUUGCCUUCAUGUUGCACAUGAUCGAUCAGUAUGAUCCGCUGUAUUCCAAAAGGUUUGCUGUGUUUCUAUCCGAGGUGAGCGAAAACAGGCUGAAGCAGCUCAAUCUGAACCACGAAUGGACUGUAGACAAACUUCGCCAGAGGUUACAGAGCAAUGCCAGCAACCGACUAGAGCUUCAGCUGUUCAUGCUCUCAGGACUUCCAGAUACUGUAUUCGAAGUGACCGAACUGGAAUCCUUAAAACUGGAGAUCAUCAAUAACGUCACCAUCCCUGCAGCAAUCUCCCAGCUUGAGGACCUUCAGGAGCUUUCUUUGUGCCAGUGCACCGUUAAGAUCCACCCAGGAGCCCUGGCUUUUCUGAAAGAGACCCUUAAGGUUCUGCGAGUCAAGUUUGACGACAGCCGAGAGCUUCCCUUGUGGCUCUAUAACCUUCGAAACCUGGAGGAACUCCACCUGAUUGGAUCACUUAGUCCUGAUGCAUCCAAAAACAUCACCCUGGAUUCAUUAAGAGACCUCAAAUCACUUAAGACAUUGACUCUCAAGAGCAACUUCACCAAGAUUCCACAGUCAGUCGUGGACGUGUCCAGUCAUUUGCAGCACCUCUACGUGCACAAUGAUGGCACCAAGCUGGUCAUGUUGAACAACCUGAAGAAAAUGGUGCAUCUCAUCGAGCUCGAGCUGGUCCACUGUGAUCUGGAGCGUAUCCCGCAUGCCAUCUUCAGCCUGACACACUUGCAGGAGCUGGACCUUAAAGAAAACAACCUGCGUUCCAUCGAGGAGAUCAUCAGCUUUCAGCACCUCCGGAAACUCACCUGUCUCAAGCUGUGGCACAACGCGAUCACCCACAUCCCCGAGCAUAUCAAGAAGCUGGGCAGUCUGGAGCGUCUAUAUUUCAGCCACAACAAGAUUGAAAUUUUGCCUUCGCACCUGUUCCUCUGCAACAAGCUGCGGCAUCUCGACCUCUCUAACAACGACAUCAGCUUCAUUCCUCCGGAAGUGGGCGUCCUCCAGAGCCUGCAGUACUUCUCAGUGUCGUCCAACAAAAUCGAGAACCUCCCAGAUGAACUGUUCUUCUGCAAAAAGCUGAAGACCCUUAAGCUUGGGAGGAAUAAGCUUUCUGUGCUCUCACCAAAGAUUUCCUACCUGGCUUCUCUUACAUUUUUGGAGUUAAAGGGCAAUCAUUUUGAGGCUUUACCUGCUGAGCUGGGUUAUUGUCAAGCCUUGAAGCGCAAUAACCUUGUGGUGGAAGACCCCCUGUUUGACACUUUGCCUUCAGACGUCAGGGAUCAGAUGAAAGCCGAGUGAUGUCUCAGCUUUGGUAAAGUCAACUGUUUAAAUGAGCAUCGUUAAUGCCUUUAACAGAACUUGUGUUCCACCCUACACUUUGUUUUCAUAUUUACGGGUGAGUUCAUGCUUUUAGAUGUGUAGAUAUUUGACUAAAGGGAAGUAUCUUAU